AUGGGAACAAUGAAAGAAGGUCUUGAUGAAGGAAAACACAAUAAGUUCUAUGGCUCUUUUGAAUCUUACAAAGACUUAACUGAAUUAAGAAGUAUUUGUAUAGAAGCCACUGAUAUAGACAGUGGUUUAGAAUACUUACCAAUUAGUUUAGUAAAGAGAACUAUGGGAGGAGUUACUCCACAUAUGUCUGCUUUUGAAUGUUUGCCUCAUACUUCUGAAGCUAAAUCCCAUCCAGAAAAAAUGCUAACAGUCAAACCUGAAUAUUUUACUAAUCUUGACAGCAAAGAUAAAUGGAUUAGAGCCUUAAAAAAUAAAUUAGAGGAAAGCAAAAAAGAACUAUCCGAAACUGAUAAAGAAAAAGUAAAGAGAAUUACCCGCUUAGAAAGUAAAAUUCAAGAAUUAGAAAAAGCCAAGACCGCUAUUUCUCAACAAACUCAAACCAGAUUUCAAACCCAAGAUAAAAGCACUCAAACUGAUUUGAACGGAGAAAGAAUACAGCAAUUGCUAGAAUUGGAAGAACAGAUAAAACAAAUACAAUUGCACUCUAAAAACAAUUAUUUAAACUACAUUACUUUUGUUAAUAGACCUCCCUUUAAUAGACUUAAAGAAGGUGAAUACAUUACUGUUAAAACUGAAAUGUUAGUUGGUCAUCCUACUAAUUCUAUAUUUGAUAAUACCGAGAUGAUUACCUUAGGUUAUUUUGGAACAGAUAUUGAUAGUAGUAAAUUCGAGAUAAAAAGAGGUUCUUAUUAUGGGAAGUGGAAUGGAGAAGAAUACGAAACUCAUGAAACCAAAAUAAUCCCUUGUCAGUCAGUUCAAACUUAUCUCAACCAAAACUAUCCCAAAGAUGGAACUUGUUUAAGAAAAGAUGAGGAAGGAAAUAAUCACGAAGACUUUGGCAAAACCAGAGCCGAAAUAACAAAGUUAGAUUUAAGGGAAAAAGGCUUAGAAGGAAACUGA